AUGCCGAAGUACGCAAAAUUCUUGAAGGAGAUAUUGAGCAACAAGAGGAAACUAGAGGACUUAGGAUUGGUGACCUUGAACGAGGAGUGCUCCGCCAUUCUGCAAAACAAGUUGCCUGUUAAGAAGCGUGAUCCAAGGAGUUUCACUCUACCCUGUAUUAUAGGUGAAUUACCUAUUAGUGGUGCUUUAGCUGACUUAGGAGCUAGUAUUAACUUGAUGUGGACUAGCUUGUUUAAUAAACUUGGUUUGAGUGAGCCUAAACCCACUAGGAUGAGUAUUCAGUUAGCCGAUAGGACUAUUAAGAUUCCUAGGGGUGUAGUUGAUGAUGUACUUGUUAAGGGUGAGAGUACUGUACAACUGAUCUUAGGUAGACCUUUCCUUGCUACAUCUAGGGCCAUUAUAAAUGUUUGUAAUGGGAAACUCCAACUUAGGGUAGAUGACGAAACUAUCACCUUUGACUUAGCGACCUCUAUGAGACAUUCCUUAGACCAUGAUGAUACUGGAGAUGAGAAGGAGUUGUCCAACGAGCAAGUGUUGGAACAACUCACUUGUUUGCUGGCUAAUGAGCCCAGCCGUUCUACUGACCCGUUUAUUUCUCUUGACAGGUCAGAUGUGCAAAAGGUGAAACCUUCUAUUGAGGACCCCCUAGUCCUAAAGUUGAAGGAAUUACCCAAGCACCUGAGUUAUGCCUACUUGGAUGAGUCAAAGAGGCUGCGAGUUAUAUGA